CACGUUCUUCCUUCCUCGGGCGGUUCCCAAUUAAUUUUCAGAAAAUGACCCUGAUUAAUCCAGAUUAUUUCGAUUAAUUUGAUUUUUCUAGUGUUUAAGAACUUUUAAUCAAUCGUUAUAAUCUUUGAAAAUAUUAAAAUUGUUGUAAUAAAUCACCAAUUUUGGAAUUUUCCUUAAUUGUACUAAUUAUAUUUUGUUUAUUUAUUUUCUGGUUGCUUUUCCAGGGAAACAAACAGUCUUGUAGGCUGAUGACAUGGAAGAAGAUGAUUUAUUUACUCCAUUAAAUGCUAUAUCACAUGUUACAAAUACAGCUCUGCAUUUAGACACACGCCAUAAUCUUCUCGUGCCUGCUCACCCGCAUUUUCCUAUAUUCUCCUCCGUCAUCUCUCUCUCCCUCUUUCUCUCUCUCUCUCUCUCUCUCUCUGGUAGAUCGAAGUGCAGAACUCGACCAAGUUCUUGAGCUCAGGAGCAAGAACAAAUGGCGACACUCAAAGCAGGCACUAGGCCGCCGUGGGUCGGUCUUGGAGCUGCCGUUUGGAUUCAAAUAGCGGCAGGGAAUUCGUACAGUUUCCCUCUCUACUCUCAUGCGCUCAAAUCGGUUCUCGGUUUCAACCAGCGCCAGCUCACUAUGCUCGGCGUCGCUAAUGAUAUCGGCGAGAACGUCGGCCUCCUUCCUGGUAUUGCCUGCAACAGGUUCCCUCCUUGGCUUGUUCUCUCCAUUGGUGCUCUCGCUUGCUUAUUCGGGUACGGCGUUAUCUGGCUUGCUGUUAGUCGCACUAUCGAGCCCUUGCCUUACUGGUUGUUAUGGUUAGCACUUUGUGUUGCCACUAAUAGUAGUGCUUGGUUGAGCACAGCAGUGCUCGUCACAAACAUGAGAAAUUUCCCUGUCAAUAGAGGCACUGUGGCUGGUAUUCUCAAAGGAUAUGGAGGACUAAGUGCUGCUGUAUUUACUGAAAUUUACAGCAUUCUCCUUGAUAGUUCCUCUUCCAAGCUUCUGAUGUUCUUUACAUUCGGUAUUCCGUCUCUCUGUUUUCUAAUGAUGUACUUCAUUAGAGCUUGUACCCCAACUUUUGGUGAAGACUCGUCGCAGCACGGACAUUUUGUUUUCACCCAAGCUGCUAGUGUAGUGCUCGGAAUUUAUCUUCUAUCCACCACUACAUUUUAUCAGAUGUUUCAAUUUAGUACCCCAGUUUCCUACACUCUUCUUGUUAUAAUGGUUAUCCUUCUCAUGGCUCCAUUAGCAAUCCCUGUAAAGAUGACAAUUACCCGAAUGAAACUCAACAACUCAGCUCUGGAUAACCAACCAGUUGUCCCUUCCGAAUCUUUGGCUCAAGGAGAAGGCAUUGCAGAUAAAACCCAACCCCUCCUGAAUCCCUCCUCCUCAUCUUCAUAUCUUGGGAGUUUUCGUGAAGGUGACGAAGAUUCAGUGGUGGCUAUGCUUCUUGCUGAAGGAGAGGGUGCAGUAAAGAAGAAAAGGAGGCCAAAAAGAGGGGAGGAUUUUAAAUUUAGUGAAGCUGUAGUCAAGGCUGAUUUCUGGCUUCUUUUCUUUGUUUUCUUCGUGGGAGUUGGUUCGGGGGUAACUGUUCUCAAUAAUCUGGCUCAGAUAGGGAUUGCACAGGGUGCACGAGACACCACAAUCUUGUUAUCCAUCUUCAGCUUUUGCAACUUUCUUGGCCGUCUUGGUGGUGGUGGUGUUUCUGAACAUUUUGUCAGGUCAAAAACAAUUCCCCGAACCAUUUGGAUGACAUGCACGCAGUUAAUAAUGACUGUUACGUAUCUUCUCUUUGCUUCUGCAAUCAGGGGUACCCUAUAUGUAGCAACUGCAUUGCUUGGCAUCUGCUAUGGUGUUCAAUUCUCUAUCAUGAUCCCAACUGUCUCCGAGCUUUUCGGGUUGAAACAUUUCGGAUUACUUUGCAAUUUCAUGUUCUUAGGGAAUCCCCUUGGGGCUUUCCUCUUCUCCGGUCUCCUAGCGGGCUAUAUAUAUGAUUCUGAGGUAGAGAAGCAGAAUCAUCAUCUACCUAUUCCAAGCAACACCUGCCUAGGUCCAAAUUGUUUUCGAAUCACUUUCCUUGUUUUGGCUGGCCUCUGCGGAAUAGGCUCUAUUUUAAGUAUAAUUCUAUCGAAGAGGAUUAGACCGGUUUAUCAGAUGCUUUAUGCUGGUGGUUCGUUCCGGCUGCCUCAAAGUGGUAAUCACUGAUACGAGUCUCGUGGAUUCUGAAGCUUUUUCCUUUCUUGUUGUUCCAGAAUAGAUUGAGAGUGUAUUUAGCCAUAGAUACCCCGGCUAUAAGUUCGAUUUGGAGUCAGCGU